CCGCGCCUUACCCACCACUUCCGCGCUCUUUAUUUUCGUCCCAAAUCUAAUCACUCUUCCACCUCCCCCAACACGUUUCAACUUCCUCCGCCCAAAACCCCCAAAUGCACGGCCACCUCCCGCACCCCGCCACGCCCACCUCCGACGUCGCCUUGCCCAAGCGCGGCGGCAAGAAGCGGGGGAACUAUAACUGCGGCCGAUGCGGUCUUCCGAAGAAAGGCCACGUUUGCCAUCUCCCUAAGGAUUAUACUACUCCCACCUCCGAUGUUACGGCUCUCAGCGACGCCACCUCCUCCGCCUCGCCGUCCCCUCUCUCUUCCGCCCUCCCGCAGCUGCUGCCUCCCCCUCCGUCCAGCCAGCCUGGCUCCCGGCUCCGGCGAGCUCUGUCGUUUGACGACGUUGAUGUCAGUGAAUCGCCUGGAUCUGACGAGGAGGAGGAGGACUUUGAGUUUUUGGAUCUAGGUGGGUCCGGGAAUUUGCCUUUCGCUUGCGCCUGGGAGGUGCUCAGGAGGUUGCCUCCGCCGGCGUUGUUAUCCGCGGCGAGUGUGUGUAGGGGAUGGAGGGAUACGGCUAGGCGGCUGUGGAGAGCGGCGGAGGAGCUCAGACUUAGAGUUCCAGCUAAGGCUCAGAUUGGACACGUCAGAUCGUUGCUGCAGAAGUGCCCUGGGCUCGUAAGACUUUCUCUUAGAAUGGAAAGUGAUGUUGAUGCUACGAUGCUGGCCUGCAUUGCUUUUUCUUGCCCUAAUCUGGAAUCCUUGGAGAUCUUUUCAUCCAAUACCUCAGUAAAUCGGAUUACUGGGGAAGAACUAGGACAUUUUGUUUCUGAUAGAAAAUGCCUUACCAAUCUCAAGAUGGAAGGGUGCUCUAAUCUUGGUGGUUUCAGUCUUUGUUCAACUAAGCUUUCUACCCUUUGGCUUUCAGGACUCCGUUGUCUCUCUAAGACGGUGUUCAACUGCCCUAGUCUGAAGGAAAUUUCACUAGAUUUUUCUCCUGAGGAGAAUGAUAGCACUGACCUUUCUGCCGUGGUGGAGGGCCUUGGAAGAGGCUGCCCCAGACUACAAACCAUUCACAUUGCUUCUGCUCGUCUUUCACAUGCUGUUGUACUUGCACUAACAGCAGCAAAUUUGAGGGGGUUGCGGAUGCUUUCUCUUGUAAUGGGGUCUGAAAUAACUGAUGCAUCUGUUGCAGCUAUUGCUUCAAGCUACUCAAGCCUUGAGCUACUUGAUCUUAGUGGGUCUAGCAUAAGUGACAGUGGCAUUGGAAUGAUAUGCAAUGUUUUUCCAGAGAAUUUGUCCAAACUUCUCCUUGCACUUUGUCCAAAUAUCACUUCAAGUGGAAUCCAAUUUGCCGCAGCUCAAUUACCUAAUCUAGAGAUCAUGGACUGUGGAAUGACCAUAUGUGAUCCAAAUCCAGACAGCGAAAACCCUGAGGCAAAUGGUGAUCAUGAUGUACAGAAAAUGCCCAACAGCAGACAGCACCUUGUAUAUCAAAAGUUGAUUAUUAAACACAACAGGUUGAAGAAACUAAGCUUAUGGGGUUGCUCUGGUUUAGAUGCAUUAUACUUGAAUUGCCCAGAACUUAAUGACCUAAACCUAAAUUCUUGCAGUAAUUUGCAACCAGAGAGAUUGUUACUUCAAUGUGCCAAUUUGGAAAAUGUUCACGCAUCGGGUUGCCAUGAGAUGCUGGUUGAGACCAUUCAAAAUCAGGUAUGCAGCAGUGAUUUCAUGGCAGUGGAAAACAAUAUUCCUUGCAAACGCCUACCUGAUGGCUCCAAAAGGAUACAAGUACCUCACUUGUUCACCCCACAGCCAUCGGACGGUGAGAAGAAAAAGAGGAAGAUUUCAAGAAGCAGGUGUGCUGUGCUUGUAGAUACUUAGCCUAAUAUGCCCCAGUCCCCAUGCAUUGUUGUUAUUAUUAUUUAUAGGCUGUAAUAGCCGUAGUUGUAUCCCUUUCCCAAACUUGGCCUAAAAUAUCUGAGCGAUCUGAGGCUAACGUAUGUUUGCCUGAUCAUUGUAAUUUUUUUUUUAAUUAAAUAAACCAAACUGCAAUAUUCAGAUAGGGAACUGAUUAAAGAUUCAAAGGCCAUUGCCUUGCCUUGUACUGUUGUCUCCUCUCCCGUUAAUAAAUAACUUAUUAAAAUC